UUAAAAAAAAAAAAAACAUAUAUAUAUUUUUUAAUUCCUAGACAAAUAUGAACAAAAAUAUAUGAAUCCAAUUUUAUUCAAAUUGAAUCAAAUAUUAGGUCUAAUUAGGAUGGGGGAGGGGGAAUCCUUUUCCCUAAUCCAUCUAAUUUGAAUUAAAAUUGUUUCCAUCUAAAAUACAAACAAACAAUUAAACCAAUCACAAAAAAGCAAUACUUCCAAAAUUUUGUUUUCUCUCUCUAAUAAUAAUCGCGACAUCUCCUUUUUCCUGGUCUCAGAUUCUUCUUCGAAUAAUCCACAGCCGAUUCCGUUUCUCUGCAAAUUCAAAUCUAUGGAGAACAACAACAUCACCACCACCAACUCUAAACUUGACUCCGAUGAACCCAAAUCCGUCGCCACCGCCACGGCCGCUGAGGAGCAGAACCCUAAUUCCCCGGCCGCCGAAGACCCAAACCCUAAUUCGAACCAGGCGCCGCCUCGCCAGUCUUCGAGGACUCCGUUCACCAAUCUUAGCCAGGUCGAUGCCGACCUCGCCCUCGCCCGCACCUUGCAGGAGCAGGAAAGAGCAUAUAUGAUGCUAAGGAUCAAUGGUGAAGGGAGUGAUUACGGAAGUUGGGAAGCUGGAAGCUAUUUCAAUGAGGAAGAGUUUGAUGAUCCCAAUGAUGGCACUGAUGUGGAUGAUGGGGUUGAUGAUGAGGAUGAGGAUGAAGGGGAGUAUGAUGGCACUGAUGAAGAUGCUUUUGAUGUGCAUGCUCAAGCUGAUGAUGGGGAGGACGACAACCCAACUAUUGAAUUUGAUCCAGCUGUGUUUUCUAGCGAUGAGGCCUAUGCAAGAGCUCUACAGCACAUUGAAGAACAAGAAAUGGCUGCAAGGUUGUUGGCCCUUGCUGGGAUACAUGAUCAUGGAGUUGAGGAUACAGAGGAUCAUGGCGGUAACUCUCAGGAUACAUGGGAGGAGGUUGACCCAGAUGAACUUUCAUAUGAGGAAUUGCUUGCAUUGGGUGAAGUAAUCGGAACUGAGAGCCGAGGGCUUUCAUCUGAUACAAUUGCCUCUUUGCCUUCAGUUACCUACAAGGCACAAAGCAAUCAGGAAGGAAGCAAUGAUUCAUGUGUCAUUUGCCGGUUGGACUAUGAGGAUGGUGAGACCUUGACUGUGCUUUCUUGCAAACAUUCAUACCAUUCUGAGUGCAUAAACAAUUGGUUGCAAAUAAACAAGGUAUGCUUAUUUAUGUAUUUAUUUUUCGUAUUGUAUGGUUUUGGUUCUCCACCUAAUUUCUUGUUUUACCAAGGGUUCCACAUAUGUUCUCCCUAGUGUGCCAUCAUUAUAUUCUGUCAAAAACAAUGCUUAGUGAUUCUAACUUUCCAUUGGAAAUUUUAUUCCAUGUUUUUGUAUUGAAUUUUGACUCAACAAGUCUCCUUCCUCAUUCAUGCAUAGGUUUUGAUUUAUGGCUUUUAGGUUGUAACAUUUCCUGGUUUUAGAAAUUUGACUCAGUAUUGGAUUGAGGGCUCUCAUGUGCUUAGUUGGGUCUCAGUUUUUAAAAUCUUUCUUUUAUCCAGGGGCUCCAUUGAAAAUUUGAAUUACAAUCCUUGCCUGCUUGUAACUUCAGGCUUUUUCUGUUUCUUAUCGAUGGAUGUUUUUUUUGGUAGAUAUUUUCAAGAUCUAUUCAUUUAUCAGAAUUAAUAAGGAAUUUUUUGGUAGAUAUUCUCAAGAUCCAUUCAUUUAUCAGAAUUAAUAAGGAAUGAUGCCUCAUAUAAAUUAUAGUGAUUUCAUUGGAACAAAAAAGGAGUAGAAUGAUUUUCUUGCGAUGUAUGGCCUUGUUUUCCAUGAAAUUUGAGUUCAUAACAGCAUAUGAACAUGUUUUUCUUUAACCGAAGGGGCUCUUAUUCUUUUUUGAAAAGAAAAAAAUGUUUAAAGGUAAUGUUUUGUGUUCAUCAUCAGACAGCAUGUUCAAUCCCUAGAACAUCAUAUAAAUCUAAGAACUAUGCAACUACCUGUAGUAAAUAUGAUGAAUAUGGGCUCUGUUUGUGUGUUUUGGGGGCCUGUGUGAAGGGGAAGAAUUUAAAGGUAAUAUUUUGUAUAAUAACAUACGAUAAAACUAUAAUAGUAUCCAGUAAAACACCUAUAAAAAAUAAUAAUAUUAUCCAGUAAAAUAACUUCCAAACAUGUUAAUCUAGUCUGUUUUUCUUCUUUUUUUCCUCUGCUAUUUCAUAUAGAAGAACAGACUAUUUGAGCCUGGACCUACCCUAGCCACACCCCACCACACCUGCCACUUGGACUGAGGUAAAUGGGCAGUGGUAAAUUUUCCUUUCAAUUUGAAGAUGAGAGGAUGAUGAACAUAGAAACUCCCACUAGAGCAAUGAGCAGAAUGAAAAGCGCUUCUCUCAAAUUUAACUUGGCCCCAGCUUAAUACUUGUUGUAUGCAAUUGACUUUUAGUGCACCUCAUUCCUUGCCCCAUUCCCUUGAAAUUUAAAUUGAGUAUAACGAUUACAAGGAGCAAUGAGCAUAAUGAUAUUUCCGCUGUCUAGUAAUAUAAAAAGUGAGAUAUUUUGUGGUUUUGUGGAAUGAAAGUACAUUCUUAUUCAAUUUUGUGAUAGGCAUUGCCUCACCUAAUCAGUCCAUCCAUUCUUAAGGCCAUGUUUGGAUUGUUGAGAUGGAAAAUUAAUUCCUUUCUUUAUUUAUUAGUGUGUUUGGAUUGGUUUUUAGAAUAAGAAUUAAAAAAAAAAAAAAUCAUUGUUGUAGAAAGCAAAUGCCAUUCUCACUUACACAUUGAUUCCUCUCUUUUACAUGAUAUUAUGAUUCACCUUCAUUCCCAUACUACUUCCAUUCAUGUUCUCGCAUACCAAAUGCAUCCUAAGAAGUUUAUGUGUGCUUAACUAUUUCUCGGGCUACUCAAGACAGUUGAAUGGAACUCGGACAAAACUCCAUUUGCCAGAAAACUCUUUGUUCAAUAAGUCUCAUACAGGAUAUGUAUCAACUACAUCUUUUCCCUUCUUUUCUUGUUUGGAACCUGUCCUUGGUGGGAAGCAUUCAAAGUCAGGCCAAAUUCCUUUUUGUUUUUUCCACAUUACACAUUCCAUAUAUUUCUAUAGAACAUAAUUUCAUAAAUCAUGAAACUUUAGUUGAUCAUCGCUGGUAUUUAACAGACUGCCUUAUGCACCAUUCUUUGCUCUGUGACUGUAGGUUUGCCCCAUUUGCAGCACUGAGGUCUCGUCUUCCAGGUAGUGAGGACUCGCUUACACCAGCUUCUACAAAGCCACAGACUACACCUACUCACAGAAGGAUGUUGGCACACAACAAAGGAGGUCACAGCUCAUCUUUGGUAGACUUGGCCUGUCUGGAUUCCUUGUUACUUCGCUUCUUUAUAUAUAUAUAUAUGCUGCCCACCCUCCCAGACUGGUUUUUACUAUUUUCAUUUGAUUUUGACACCCCUUUGUUUUGAGUGAAAUGCAACAACGAUGUUUAGCCAGAUUCUGCUAAUGCUCAUCUUAUUAUUCUUAUUAUUUUUCAGCUA